AUGGCCCCAAAUGGCAAAAAGUCAGGCGACAAGAAGUCAGGCGAUAAAAAGCAUAGUAGCUCAAAAGGCCGCACCUUGGUCCGCUGGGACAAUGAUCUAGACAUUCAGCUCUUGCUUACCGUCCAGCAAGCAUGCAACGCUAAUGCCGUGAAGAUCCCAUGGGAGCGAGUUGCCGCCACUAUGGGCCCAAAAUUCACUGAGGGCGCAAUCAUUCAGCAUCUUUCAAAGGUCCGUACUCGCCGUGAGAAUGAAGGGAAGCCUAACCCACCGUCUCUACGCCGCUCAGUGCCAGCUUCUACAUCGGCAAUGACUCCUGUAUCGGCAUCUGGAGGGGCUGGUAGGAAGAGAAGAAAGACGGUCACCCCCAAGCGUGAUGACGCGCCCCCGCCAAACGAUAUCGAUGGAGAAGACGAUGGCUAUGACACCGAUGAGAGUGAAGACCCUUCGUACUCAAACAAACCCAAACGUGCCAAGCGUACCAAGACCCCGCGCAAGAGGGAGACCAAGACCAAGAGACGAAAUACCACUACCAAUGGUGUCGAAUUUGAUACCGAUGAUGAAAACACCCUGUUGUGCGCUGGAGCACCCUUCCUUGCACUGAAAGGUGAUGCUGAGUCCUAUUCUGGAUCUGAUGGCUCUCGUGCUGAGUCCGCAGAGGGUGACGUCGAGGUAGAGGAUAUCUCGCAGGAACACGCCAUAGAACAACAGUCAAUGGUGGUUUCUCUGGGCGUCGACCCAGCUGCACUGCAGAAUCUGCAGGAUACCGGCAACAUGAUGCCUGUUAUGCCCACGAGCGCCCUGGAUCAGCAUCUUUCGCCCUGGCAUCAAGGCCAUUUCCAGGAUCAUACUUCUUACUUUGGUCAUCAGAAUCCACACCUGGGUCAGUACGGGGGUAUUCCGUAUGGGUACCCCUCGCCUCAACCACUGACCACUUUCUCCGGUGGCCCUGCAUACAUGCCUCAUGAUGGUUACGACUCCAGUAUUGAUCCCAGAACCAUCACGAGUCCCGGUGUCCAAUUUGCGCCGCAGCGAGGCGGAUAUAUGGCAGAUUUCACCCACUUCGCAGAUACCUUUCAACAGCAGUCAGUUCAAAUGCCUGUUCAACAGAUUACGGGGCAGCGUGCGGGGUCUAAUGAGUUGCCUGACCAGCACGUGUUGGACUUCAUGUGGACCAGAUCGGAAAAUGGCGAAGGUAAUGAGUUGGAGUGA